UUUUUAAUACUCCAAGGAAAAGAAACCUGUAUUAAUUAAAAUAAUAAUCAUAAAGCUCUCUCUCUCUCUUCAUAACUCUCUCUCUCUCUCUAUAUGCUUUUCUUUAAUGGCGAUGCUUCUAACCACUAUCCCCAACACAACACCCACUGUAACUAUUUUUCUUCUUUUUCUCUCACUCUUUAUCAUCUCUGUACUCUUGUUUUCACCUUUUGGAGCUUCCAUGGAGUAUUUUUCUCUGUAAUGUUACCCUCCGCAUGUGAUCACCGACACACGUAAUGGCUACUGGAGAUAGAGCUAUGCUUCUGGUUUUGCUUGUACUCUUCACUUCGAUCUAUGUUGUUCGUUGUGUUACUGAUCCAUCUGAUGUUCAAGCCCUUCAAGUUUUGUAUACUUCACUAAAUAGUCCUUCACAGCUAACCAAUUGGAAUAAUGGAGGUGGUCCAUGUGGAGAGUCAUGGAAAGGGGUUACUUGUGAGGGCUCAGCAGUUGUCUCUAUAGAUAUAUCAAAUUUAGGAGUCUCUGGCACUCUUGGAUACUUGCUUUCAGACCUAAUGUCACUCAGAAAAUUGGAUGUAAGCGGAAACAGCAUCCAUGACACACUUCCCUAUCAACUGCCACCAAAUCUCACAAGCCUAAACUUGGCUAGAAACAACCUAAGUGGCAACCUUCCGUACUCCAUAUCUGCUAUGGGAUCUCUUUCUUACAUGAACGUAAGUGGUAAUUCACUUUCCAUGUCCGUAGGAGAUAUAUUUGCCAGUCUUAAGUCACUUUCUACACUGGACCUUUCUCAUAAUAACUUCAGUGGCGAUCUUCCGAGUUCCUUGAGUACACUGUCUCAACUUUCCGUUAUUUACGUUCAGAACAAUCAGUUGACAGGUACUAUCGAUGUACUCUCCGGUUUGCCUUUGACAACUCUAAAUGUUGCAAACAACCAUUUCAAUGGGUCCAUACCUAAGGAGCUUAGCUCUAUCAAGACCUUAAUCUAUGAUGGAAACUCCUUUGAUAACGCACCUGCAUCUCCUCAACCAGAAAGACCUGACAAAAAGAGUAAACCUUCUUCUGGUUCCAAGAAACCCAAAAACACCCCUGACGCUAAACAAAAGUCUUCUGAAUCUUCUGACAAGGGUGGUUUAUCCGGUGGAGUAGUAACCGGCAUAGUCUUCGGUUCUCUGUUCGUUGCUGGUAUCAUAGCACUUGUUCUUUACUUGUGCCUUCAUAAAAAGAAGAAAAGGAAAGUUGGAGAAAGCACAACAAGAGCUUCUCACAGAACAAGCCUUCCACUUAGUGUCAUACCCGAAGUGCAAGAGCAGAGAGUCAAAACCGUAGCAGACAUGAAGUCAUCAUCAUCGCCUCCAGACAAAGUAACCGUCGAUAACGUUAUGAAAAACGGGUCUCUAACUAGAAUGAGAUCUCCCAUCACCGCUUCGCAGUACACCGUUUCGUCUCUCCAAGUAGCGACAAACAGCUUUAGCCAAGAGAACAUCAUCGGGGAAGGCUCUCUAGGCCGUGUCUACAGAGCAGAGUUCCCCAACGGGAAGGUGAUGGCGGUUAAGAAGAUCGAUAACGCAGCGCUCUCGUUGCAAGAGGAAGAUUGCUUCUUGGAAGCGGUUUCGAACAUGUCGCGUUUGAGGCAUCCGAACAUCGUUCCGUUGGGUGGAUACUGCACCGAGCAUGGUCAGCGUCUGCUGGUGUAUGAGUACGUUGGGAAUGGGAAUCUAGAUGAUAUGCUUCACUUGAAUGAUGAUAGAAGCAUGGCGUUGACUUGGAACGCACGUGUUAAAGUGGCGCUUGGAACUGCCAAGGCUUUAGAGUACUUGCACGAGGUUUGCUUGCCUUCAAUAGUACAUAGGAACUUCAAGUCAGCGAAUAUAUUGCUAGAUGAAGAGCUUAAUCCUCACUUAUCAGACUGUGGUUUAGCUGCUUUGAACCCAAACACUGAGAGACAGGUUUCAACACAAGUGGUGGGUUCAUUUGGAUACAGUGCUCCAGAGUUUGCAUUGUCGGGAAUCUAUACUGUGAAAAGUGAUGUGUACACUUUUGGUGUAGUCAUGCUUGAGCUCUUAACUGGUCGGAAGCCUCUUGACAGCUCGAGAACGAGAGCAGAGCAGUCACUAGUGAGAUGGGCAACACCGCAGCUUCACGAUAUAGAUGCUUUGUCUAAAAUGGUUGAUCCUUCUCUUAAUGGAAUGUAUCCAGCUAAGUCACUGUCUCGUUUUGCGGACAUCAUUGCUCUCUGUAUUCAGCCUGAACCAGAGUUCAGGCCUCCAAUGUCAGAGGUGGUGCAACAGCUAGUGAGGUUGGUUCAACGAGCAAGUGUAGUCAAAAGAAGAUCAAGUGAUGACACUGGAUUUUCUUACAGGACACCUGAACAUGAGCACAUGGAUAUCUCUUUCUGAGUAAUACAACUACUCUAAGCUCCAUUCCAGUCUUCUGUUCACUCGAAGCAGCUCUUAUACUCCCAGAGGGAGAGAGUUUUGCUUGGUAACAGAGAGGUAAAGAACGCAUCCUGGUUCAGACUCACAAGUAUAUAAGAAGAGUCUCUGCAUCUUUUGCAAUCAUCCUUUUUCUUCUUUUUGUUGAAUAAUCAAUGAAUCUGAGACUUCUAAAAGUUUUGAGUUUAGCA